CACUGAAUGGACACCGGUUGGUCGUCGCUGUGGCCUUAGCGUGGACACCAGGUGGUCAUCGCUGUGGCCCCAAUGUGGACACCAGGUGGUCGCCGCUGUGGCUCCAACAUGGACACCGGUUGGUCAUCGCUGUGGCCCCAACGUGGACACCGGUUGGUCAUCGCUGUGGCCUCAGCAUGGACACCAGGUGGUCGUCGCUGUGGCCUUAGUGUGGACACCGAUUGGUCAUCGCUGUGGCCCCAGCGUGGACACCGGUUGGUCGUCGCUGUGGCCUCAGCGUGGACACCGGUUGGUCAUCGCUGUGGCCUCAGCGUGAACACCAGGUGGUCGCCGCUGUGGCUCCAACAUGGACACCAGUUGGUCAUCGCUGUGGCCCCAACGUGGCCUCAGCGUGAACACCAGGUGGUCAUCGCUGUGGCCUCAGCGUGGACACCAGGUGGUCAUCGCUGUGGCCUCAGCGUGGACACCGGUUGGUCAUCGCUGUGGCCUCAGCGUGGACACCGGUUGGUCAUCGCUGUGGCCUCAGCGUGGCCUCAGCGUGGACACCAGGUGGUCAUCGCUGUGGCCUCAGCGUGGACACCGGUUGGUCAUCGCUGUGGCCUCAGCGUGGCCUCAGCGUGGACACCAGGUGGUCAUCGCUGUGGCCUCAGCGUGGACACCGGUUGGUCAUCGCUGUGGCCUCAGCGUGGCCUCAGCGUGGACACCAGGUGGUCAUCGCUGUGGCCUCAGUGUGGACACCGGUUGGUCACCGCUGUGGUCUCUGUGGCCUGA